AUGAAGACGUUGUUAUUAUCCUUGCUGAGACGUAGUACCAUGGCUUUCGCGACCCAGGUUCUCCGAUGCGACCCAUCCUCCAUCUCCUUCUCAGCCUCUGACGUCCCAGACAUCACCUGUCAGGAAACUUUGCAGGCUUUGCAGCGCGCGUCUCAAAAUUUGCAUGACUUGCAGACAGUGGCGUUCCCCACAGAGACCGUGUAUGGCUUGGGUGCAUUGGCUCUCAACCCGAUCGCUGCAUCUCGCAUUUUCUCGACGAAGGGCAGACCGCCGGACAACCCAUUGAUCGUCCAUGUGUCUUCUCUCGCCAUGCUCCACAGUCUUCUGCCCCAGAAUUAUGUUGUCCCGAGGAUAUGCAAUAUUCUCAUCAAACAUUUCUGGCCUGGUCCACUUACACUCCUUUUCCCAUCCAAUCCUUCAGUCAUACCACCGGUCAUUACCGCUAACCAGCCAACGGUCGCCGUUCGAAUGCCCUCCCAUCCGGUAGCGAGGGCACUCAUCUCGAUCACCGGUGCUCCCAUAGCAGCACCCAGCGCGAACUCUUCAGGAAAGCCCAGUCCCACUCGUGCUGAGCAUGUGCUGCGAGAUCUAGGACGAAAGGUCAGCUUGAUCUUAGAUGGCGGUCCGUGCGAGGUCGGUCUGGAAAGCACUGUGGUAGAUGCUCUAAGGGACGAUGGAAAUAUCCGUGUCUUACGGCCGGGAGGAGUAACAGUGGAGGACUUGGAGCGCGUCGUCCGGCAAGAAAUGGCCGAUCAUGCAUCCGUACCAAAGGUCCUCGUCCAUCGUCGAGACUUUCAAGAUGCAGAGGUGGAGCAGGCGCCGACAACGCCAGGAAUGAAAUAUCGACAUUAUUCUCCGACCGUUCCCGUCAUCCUGUUGCGCACAUCGUCCUCUCCGCCCUCCGGAGAAAAACCACUUAGAUUUGCCUCUUUCCUGGACACCCUCAAGUCUAGAACACCUGAUGGGCAGCAUGUUUUGAAGGCGGGGCUGUUGGCACCAUCAGAUUCUCCGUUGUUCACUGGAAUCACGGCUUUCGAUGGGAUCGAGUGGCACCCAUUUCCCUUAGGGCCGCUGCACGAUCCCGCAGUCUCCGCGCAGCGCCUCUUUGACGGGCUGCUUACACUAGACAAUGCCGGAGUGGAUAUCAUACUCAUAGAAGAACUAAAGGAGGAGAGGGAAGGGCUUGCAGUCAUGAACCGGGUGAAGAAGGCGGCAGGAGAGGUUGUGCGGAUAGACUUAGGACAAUUACUGAACCCUACCCGCUAG